CCCCUGCACAGUUAAGAACUGUGGGCUAUGGGAUGGAUGAAGCUGAGCAGGACCAGUACGAAGCCCACCUCAAAGAGCUCUUUGACAGCUUCGAUGUUACCGGCACUGGGUCCCUUGGGCAGGAAGAGCUGACAGAGCUUUGCCACGUGUUGCAUCUGGAGGAGGUUGCACCUGGAGCAUUGCAGCAGACCCUGUUGCAGGAUGGUCUCCCAAGCCGGGUCCACUUUGACCAGUUUAAAGAUGCACUCAUCCUCAUCUUGUCCAGUACGCUAACAAAUGAAGAGUCCUUCCAGGAACCGGACUCUUCACCAGAAGCCCAACCCAAAUACAUUAAGGGAGGGAAGCGCUAUGGAAGGCGAUCCUUACCAGAGUUUCAGAAAUCAGUGGAGGAGUUUGCAGAGGUGACAGUGAUCGAACCUCUGAAUGAGGAAGGGCAGCCCUCCCGCAUUCCCAGUGAUGACUGUGACGAGCGCUGGAGAUCUCAGGAUAGCGAGGAAUAUGAAGCUGAAGGCCAGUUGAGAUUCUGGAAUCCUGAUGACUUGAAUGCCUCCCCAAGCAUUUCCCCCACUCAGGACUGGAUCGAAGAAAAGCUUUGUGAGGUGUGCGCAAACCUUGGCAUCUCCCGGGAUGGCCACCUGAGCCGGAAGAAGCUGGUCUCCAUUUGCGAACAGUAUGGCUUGCAGAAUAUUGACACACAGGUACUGGAGGAGAUCUUCCACAACCUUGAGCGCACUGAUGGUACCAUGAGCAUUGAAGACUUCUUCUAUGGCUUGUUUAAAAUCAGGAAGCCUCCCCCACCAUCUGCUUCAACCCCAUACAGGCAACUGAAACGACACCUUUCUAUGCAGGCUUUUGAUGAAACAGGGAGACGCACCACCGUACCAUCAGCAAUGACAAGUACAAUCAGUUUCCGGGUGUUCUCCAACCUGGAUGAUGGGAUGGGUUAUGCUGCGGUGGAACAGAUCCUGGAUGCAUGGCAUGAAGAAGGAAUAGAGAACAGCCAUGAGAUCUUGAAGGCUCUAGAUUUUAGCUUGGAUGGAAAAAUUAAUCUGGCAGAGCUCACCCUUGCCUUGGAGAAUGAGCUUCUUGUGGUAAAGAAUGGGAUCUACCAGGCAGCACUGGCCAGCUUCAAAACAGAGAUCCGGCAUUUGAUGGAACGGGCUGAUCAGGUUGUCAGAGAAAAGGAGAAACUGCGCUUGGACUUGGAGAAAGCAGAGAAGCUGACUUCACUGAUGGCUUCAGAAGUGGAUGACCACCAUGCCGCUAUUGAACGACAGAAUGAAUACAACCUGAGCAAGCUGGAUGAUGAGUACAAGGAACGAGUUGCAGCUCUCAAAAACGAACUCCAGAAAGACCGGGAGCAGAUCCAGCAUCAGGCUAGCAAGCAGCGCACUGAACUGGAGCAAGAGAUGGAGAAGCUGAAGACGGAGGAGAACUACCUUCGUGACCGCCUUGCUUUGACUCUGAAGGAAAACAGUCGCUUGGAGAAGGAACUCCUGGAGACAGGAGAGAAGGCAGCAAAGUAUGAAAGCAUGAUGAGCAAACUGCAAAAGAAUUGGGAAAAUGUCCUGGCAGAGAAGUUUGGGGAUCUUGACCCUGGCAGUGCAGAGUUCUUCCUGCAAGAGGAGCGAUUGAUGCAGAUGAAGAACAAAUACGAGCAACAGUGCAGGGAACUCCAAGAUCAAAUUGACGAACUUCAGUCCCAGUUAGAGGAAUAUCAGGCUCAAGGCAGAGUUGUCCGGCCUUCCCUGAAAAACUCCCUCUACGAGGAGCUGGGCGACGGUGGAGUUGAGUGCGGUCAAGAGCCUGCCUCUGAGGAUUGCAACCUACUGAACAUGAGCAUAGAAGCCGAAAUGGUGAUCGAGCAGAUGAAAGAUCAGCACCACCGAGACCUCUGCAACUUGCAGCAGGAGCUUGAAAACACGAUGCACCGUUGCAAGAAGCAGGUUGAGGAGGCCAAGGCCCUAUAUGACAAGGAGAACAAGACCCUCCAGCAGAAGUUCAGUGAAGAGAGGCAAAGCCUGGAGCAGCAAGUGGAACACUUGCAGGCCCAGGUCAGUGAGCUCCAGGGAGAGUUAGCAAGAGUCCAUCACAAGGCAGAAUCCCAGCAGAGCGAUUUGCAGGUGUGCUUGGAGGAGGAGGCUGACCACAAGGAGCAUUCGGCACUCCAGUACAAGACGGAGCUCCAGGCCCGGCUGGAAGAAGCCCAGGAGAGCUUUAGCCGUGAGAAAGAAGAGCUGGUCCAGGCUAGAGUCUGGCUGGAAGAGAAGAUGAGAGGCUUAGCCGAGGCUGUCCAGAAGGAGAAGACAGAGCUAGAAAAUGGUUUCCAGGAACAACUGCAGCAGCUGCUGGAUCAGCACACCCAGGAGAAAGAAGAGAUGCAGAGAGAUCUUGUCGGAAAGCAUCAGCAGGAGCUCCAAGAGCAAAGGGCAAAAAUGGAAAGUGAAUUUAACAGAAGAAUAUCUUUGAAAGAGGAGCAGUUUGCUAUUGACCGACAGGGACUUGCUAGCAAGUAUGGGGAAGCCAUUAAAGGACUCGAGGAACGCUACCAGCGAGAGAUGCAGGAGCUUUCCGAACUGCAAUGUGAGGAGAAAUCCCAGUGGGAAUUUGAAAAAGAUGAAAUUGUCCAAGAUGGGGCUGAGGCUCAAGAGAGAUGGAAAGAAAUGCUGGAGAAAGAGAGGUCUGUUGCUUCAGCACUUGCUCAAGAGAAGAAUCUUCUGGAGAAAAAUUUCAAAGAGUAUGUCAACUCAUUUCUUUUGGAGAAGGAGCAGCUUCAGAAAGAGCUGCAGGACAUGAAGAAGCAAGAAGAUGAACUACGUGAGAGACUCUUACAAACUGAAACCAGCCAUGAGCAGGAGCUGAAGAAAAGAGAAGAACAAAUGUCUAUAGUUGAGGGAAAUCGGAAGCAAGCUCUCCAAAAAAUUGGAAAGCUGGAGACUGAGUUUGCUCGUGAGAAAAAAGAACUGAGUUCCAGACUGGUGGCUUCAGAGCAAUUGAAGCAAGAGGAGCUCAGAAAAGCAACAGCGGAACAAGAAAAACUGAGAUCAGAAAUAUCAACACUUGAAAGCAGAGUUGAAGAACUCCAGCAAGAAUUGCAACACCUCUCCAAACUGCAAGGCGAUUUAAGCUUUUUGAAUAAAGAAGGAGGAACACUGGGAGGUGAUUCUCCAGGCCUUGACAAAUCUCAGGAGCCCAGAGAAGUGGUAGAUCUUCUCUCAAACCAGGAAGAGUUCCAAGCGCUAUCAGAAGAAGGUGACGUGGAAGCACUGUCCCUGAUGGGUAAGUUGUUGAAAAAGCCAGCAAGAGAGCUAACUCAGUCUUCUGGUUUCACACCUCUGGUUCCAGACUCAUUGGUUGACUCUCAACUCAUACAUACAGCAGAUGAAGACGACAACCAAGUAAAAGCAGAUGCUGGAAUUAAAAAGCCAGAUGAGAGUGCAUGCUCUGUGUUGGAAACUGAAGGGACCACGCUUGAAGAAAGCAUGGAGGCUUCACUUGUCUUGGAGAAGACCUAUGAAGAAAUGAGGGCAGAGAAUCAAGCCCUCAGAGCUCAGCAGGCUCUCCUUCAAGAGCGGAUCAGCCUCCUGGAGGCUGAGUGUGACCGAGCAGCUCAUGAUCGACAAGACAUGGCUUCCCAGGUCCAAAAGGAGCUGGAUGAAAUCCUGAAAACCAUUCCCCAGCCUAAUGCUUUGCCCUGUGGAAGAGAUGACAAUGAAAUACUAUUCCCUUGGGAGACGGCUGAUGUUGCAAUAUUGCCCACAGACUGUACAGGGAGAAGCAAGGGGCUCUUUGUUGAAACCCUGGAGGCUGAUUUAAACACAGAAGAGAUUAGUGCUGGAUCUCUGCAGCUUGAGAUGGACCACAGAGAAGCAAUGAGAAUGGAGAAGGGAGAGCUGAAAUACUUGGUGCAUGAGCUUUGGGAUGUGAACGAUGAGAAAAAGGCCAGUUCUAGAUUGCAGCCCAAAGCUUUCGCACUGUCAGAAGAACUCAAAAUGGAAAACCAAGUCCUGAAAGCAGAGAUGAUCAAGCUAUUUGAACGGAACAAUAAACUGGAGGGAUACUUGCCAAAACUCAUCAGCUUGCAGUGCCGACUGGAUGAAGCUGACCAAGAAAGCCUCAUGCUGAAAGAGGGAAAAGUACAACUGCUGGAGGAUAUCAGGAAACUGGAAGAGGUUCGUGACCAGCUGGUGUUGGACAAUGCUGAGUUGCAGAGCGCCAACCUAGGCCUGCAGAGCAGGCUGGGGAAGCUGGAGGAAUUUGUGGCAAACCUGAAAGCUUUGAAGGGUGGGCGGCACAGCCGCUGUGAGAGUGCCGCCAAGGAGGUGGAGGCAGAGAAGAAGGGGCUUCACGAGCUCAACAGGAAGCUGAGAGAGAAGAUAGCUGCCCUGCUGAAGCAGAAGGGCACUCAUGCUCAGGAGAGGGUGGACUUGAAUGCAGCACUUCAUGGCUUGCAGAGCACAUGUGCACAGCAGCGGCAGAAGCUUGAGCUCAUGAGAUGUGAAGCUGAGCAUCUCAGAGAAGAAAAUGCUGCUUUGAAGAAUGAAAUUGCUUUGUUAAAUGAGAAAGGGAGUGUUUCCAACCUACGACUGAGGGAGCUUAAUGGGUCCCAAGAAGAGCUCUGGCAUAAAAUUGGGACGGUACAGAAAGAGAAAGUGGCAGUACAGAAGAUGGCUGAAAACUUUAAAAAGCAGGCAUCAGAACUGAGAGCCAGGAAUCAUCAACUAGAACUGGAAAAUGCUGAACUCGGCCGUAGAAACCCCCCACAUCAGGCAGACAUCCAAGAUCUUAACCAGCAGCUGAGGAAGGUGUUUCGGCAACGGGAAAAGGUGGUCAGCAAGUGUGCACCGGAAGAAUGGGGAAGAGACAACUCCCAGCUCAAGGAAGAACUGGAGAACUGUAAAAUCCAGUCCUCAACGUUGGUCUCAUCCUUGGAGACAGAGCUGUCUCAGCUCAGGGUUCAAGCCCAGGCUCUGGAGCAGGAGAACAAUUUCCUCAAGGAGGAACUGGAGAAGGUAAAGCAGUUACCCAGAUGCCCAGAUCUCUCCGACCUUCAAAAUGAAAUUUCCAAUGUCAUAGUGAAAAAUGAGAAGCUACUGAAAGAGAAGGAAGCACUCAAUGAAGAGCUGAACAGAUGUGUGGAGAAGUUAGCUAAAGCGGCCUUCCUGGAGAACCUAGUCUCUUCCUUGAAUCAGGAGAAGACAUCUCUGGAGCACCAGAAUCAGUCGCUGAAAACCCAAAUUGCAACAUCCCAAGAGAAGAUACAGAGUUUUGAAGAUGCCAUGCAGAAUGUCAAUCAUCAAAUGUCUUGGCUCCGGUCAGACCUCAGGUUGUCCCAGCAGGAGAAAGAAGCUCUGGAACAGGAUGUGAUGUCGUUACACAAGCAACUACAGACAGCCAAUGAUAAGAAUCGGGUUCUAGAGGUAGCCAUGCACUCAUCAGGGCUGCAGAACCAGCAGAAGAAGCUCUGUUGGGACGAACUGGACCAGCUGGUCAAGGAGGAGCAGCAGCUGUUGAGGCAGGAGAAUGAGAGACUCCAGCGGGAGGUCCAGAGUGCCAAGGCAGAUCUCGCUCAUUCCAGGGAGAAGGUACGGCAGCUGGAAUCCACCGUCCUGACCGUGAAGCACCAAAAGCACCAAAGCCAGUCAGGGAUUGUGAAAGCCAUUGAGCAAGAGAAGGUGAGCUUGAAGAGGGAGUGUGAGAGGCUGCAGAAGGAGCUGACUUCAGCCAACAGGAAGAUCAGCCAGAUGACUUCUCUUGAGCGUGAACUGCAGACCAUCAAUUUGGAAAAUGAAGGCCUCAGGAAAAAACAAGUCAGACUGGAUGAACAGGUGAUGGAGCUGCUUCACUCCAGCUCCAACGUGAAGCUUAGUCUGCCACCGCAUCCUCGCGACCUCCAGCAGCAAGGCUGCGCCAUGGUCUCCUGGGAGCAGUACCAGCAGCUGCAGCAGCAGUUCCUGCAGGCCGAGAGGAGGUGCCACCGCCUGCAGGAGGCGCUGGAGAGCCGGCCCCCGGAAACAAACAUGCCCCAGAGUGGACAUGAGCAGCUGCUAAAGACCAUGGAGAAACGCAUGAUGGAUGUUGAACAGCAGCUAAGGCUUGUGAAGCGGCUUCUCCAGGACAAAGUCAAUCAGCUGAAAGAACAGCUUACAAAGAACAGAAAAGCCAAUGAAAUGGUUAAAGACCUCUAUGUUGAGAACGCCCAGCUUCUAAAAGCUUUGGAGAUAACAGAACAGAGGCAUAAAACUGUGGAGAAGAAAAACUAUUUGCUUGAAGAAAAAAUUGCCAACCUGAGCAGAAUAGUCAACAACCUAACCUCACCGACUUUGGGGUCCACAGUCCAGCUGGGGUCUUAGCAAUGCCAUACUUGCCUAACUCUGCACACCUCAUGCACUUUAUGGAACUGUUGAACAUUUUAGUUGUUGUCAUUGUUUUUAAAUGCUGCCUUUUGAAUGUUAGUGGUGAUGGCUGUUCUCAGGACUAGUCAUUCUCUGUCCCAAGGGAAUCCAUUCUCACCUGUAUACACACACAAGUUCCAUUUUGGAUGCCUUAUUGUGAACUCCCCAUUUUACAUUUGGAGAGUUCAACACUAGUUGGGAUGGAAGAAUGGGAUGCUGCUGGUGGUGGCAUGCACCCUUCAAUGCUAAACGCACUCAGUUAACAAAGUACUGUAUAUACUCAUGUAUAAUUGUAGAAAUUUUACUUUAAAAAAUCAGCCCCAAAACCUGGGUCGACUUAUCUACAGGUCAAUAUAAGUACUGUGCUUUAACUUUGAUCAAAAUAGAAACCAUCCCAUUCUUUGAGUAUAAACAGUGAAAGGCAAGAACUUAGUCCAUUCUGGGACUAAGAAGCAUUAACACCCUUUACUCUCCAAUUGCACUCCACUUCUGGCCUUUUGAAUCCCUGGUGGGGAAAUGGCAGCUUUCUUUGGCAUCCUUUUUCUUUGCUUUGUCCUUUAGAUCCUUUGUUACAUGUUCCUAAAUUUUACCCUCAAUUUGUCCACAGUCGUAUCAAAAUCCAUAAUUUUGGCCCCCAAACCUGUUCUCAACUUAUAUAUCAGGUUAACUUAUAGUCCAGUAUAUAUGGUAGAAAUCUUCCUGGACAUUACUUCUUUUUAACAGAAAAUUUAGCACUAUAGUUAGUGAUAACAUGGAAAGAAUAGAGAGAUGUUCUCAUGUCACCAAAAAGAAGAAGAAGAAGAAAAGAACAUUUCAACAUGUUUUACCAAAGUUUCUUAUUCAAAAUUUCACAUGUGAAAUGAAACAACUAGAUCAGGUAAUCCUUGCACAAGUAGACAAAACAAUCUGAGCCUUGUACGAAACAUUUGAAAGUUACUUCCAAAACGCAUGCAGAAAUUAAUUUUUCUUUCACCAGCCUUUACUUUUGAUUUCCAGUUUUGUGGCCAAACUUACAUCUCUUUGUUAAAUGAGAUUUGCUUUGCAAGCAGAAAAGAUCCUGGUUUAUUCUUUUAAGAGUCAAGUGGCUGCAUUCAGUUUGUGGCAUUAGCCGUAUGAAUGCUACACCCACGAAUGUGAAAAUGGCUCAGACAUGGCUCACCUUCACCCUUCAGCGCUUUAUUGAGCCUAAAGAUGUUUAAGCAUUUCUGAAGAUGGGGUAUUUCCUUUUAUUUUAACCUCAAAUGAAUUGUAAAAUUCUCAGGAAUCCAAAUGCCAUACAUCUACAACCAAAGCAAAUGGAUGACCCUGAUUUCAUUCUCAACCCCAAAAUAUUCAGCAAUGAUUCUGAAAAUUUGUAAAUUACUUGGUCAGUUUGCUUGCAUUACAGUGACUUUAUAUCUUUUUUUUUUCAACUACUUGAUUCAAUGUGGUUUGUUUUAGUUGUGGGAGUGGGGUUAAUAUACAUUUUGCAUUGAUUGAAUAUAUGGACUCAACAACA